GCAUUUCUUCUUCUCGUUACUUGUCAGUUUAUUCAUCGCUAUCCAAGUGCUUCAUAUUGUCUUCUAAUUUUUGUCUUCAUAUUGUUUCAUCUCUAUAAAGUUGACAUUUGUAAUUCCAGUUUCUAUUCAUGUGAAGUGAAUAUCAAAGAUUCUUCGACCAUAUCUGUGUUCCUUGAAAUUUCUUAUUAGCUGCGCAUAAAUUCUUCGGCCUCUUCUUCCUUCUAUUGAAAACCAGCGCUCCACUAUUCUAUUUUUAUCUCUCUGUUUCUUCUUUGAACUGUUCUGUCUCUUUCCCUUAUGGCUCCCCCGAAUGAUCCCGCUAAUCCACUCUUUAAAGUCCUUCGAUCAGAGAGUUUAGAGAAGAACUUUGAUUUAUCCGGAGGGAAGUUUAGAGUCAAAAGCAUUCCAUUGCUCUCUGAUGUUCCAAGCAAUGUCACCUUUUCUCCUUUUUCGUCUGUCUGUGACCAUUCCGAGUCUGAUGCUCCACUUCCUCUUCUGCAGCGUGUCCAUUCUUUGUCUUACAGGGGCGGAUUCCUUGGGUUCCACAAAGAUGCACCUUCCGAUCGAUUAAUGAACUCUCUUGGGAAGUUCACCGAUAUGGACUUCUUGUCAAUCUUUAGGUUCAAAACUUGGUGGUCCACCAUGUGGGUGGGUAGUUCUGGGUCUGAUUUGCAGAUGGAAACCCAAUGGGUUCUCUUUAAUGUCCCUAAAAUAAAGUCUUAUGUCCUAAUAAUCCCUAUUGUUGAAGGCAGUUUUAGGUCUGCUCUUCAUCCUGGAAUUGAUGGGCAUUUGAUGAUUUGCGCUGAGAGUGGGUCUACUCAAGUGAAAGCAUCCACUUUUGAUGCUAUUGCUUAUGUUCAUGUGUGUGAUAAUCCUUAUAACAUUAUGAAGGAAGCCUACAGCGCUCUCAGGGUCCAUCUUAAUACCUUUAGGCUUUUGGAAGAGAAAGCCCCUCCUUCUCUUAUUAACAAAUUUGGAUGGUGCACUUGGGACGCAUUCUACUUAACCGUGGAUCCUACGGGCAUAUGGCAUGGUGUGCAGGAUUUUGUCGAGGGUGGUGCCCCUCCAAGGUUUCUUAUCAUCGAUGAUGGAUGGCAAAGCAUCAAUCUUGAUGGCGAGAAGCCCGAGGAGGACGCUAAAAACCUUGUUCUUGGUGGGACUCAAAUGACAGCCAGGCUUCACAGGCUUGAUGAAUGUGAGAAGUUCAGGAAGUACAAAGGAGGCUCCAUGUUGGGUCCUAACCCUCCUACCUUCGAUCCAAAGAGGCCUAAGAUGCUGAUUUCCAAGGCAAUCGAACUCGAACACGCUGAAAAGGACCGCGACAAGGCUAUCCAAUCCGGUGAGACUGAUUUAUCCGCCUUUGAAAGUAAAAUCGAACAGUUGAAAAAAGAAUUGGACGCCAUGUUUGGUGGAGAAGCAAAAAGUAGCUGUGGAAAUUGUUCAUGCAAGGCUGAGAACUAUGGCAUGCAUGCUUUCACAAGGGAUUUGAGAACAAAAUUCAAGGGUUUGGAUGAUAUAUACGUGUGGCAUGCUCUUUGUGGUGCUUGGGGUGGUGUUAGGCCACGUUCUACACAUUUGAAUUCAAAGAUUACUCCUUGCAAAUUGUCUCCUGGACUCGAUGGGACAAUGAACGAUCUUGCUGUGGUUAAAAUUGUUGAAGGUGGUAUUGGGCUAGUUCACCCAGAGCAAGCUGGAGAUUUCUUUGAUUCCAUGCACUCUUACCUUGCUAAUGUUGGCAUCACAGGCGUGAAGGUGGACGUCAUUCACACCCUUGAAUACGUGUCUGAAGAAUAUGGAGGCCGUGUUGAGCUUGCAAAGGCUUAUUACAAGGGAUUAUCAGAUUCAUUGUCAAAGAAUUUCAGAGGAAGUGGACUUAUCUCUAGCAUGCAACAAUGUAAUGAUUUCUUUCUCCUUGGGACAAGGCAGAUAUCCAUGGGAAGAGUAGGUGAUGACUUCUGGUUCCAGGACCCAAAUGGUGAUCCAAUGGGAGCUUAUUGGUUGCAAGGAGUUCAUAUGAUCCACUGUGCCUACAACAGUAUGUGGAUGGGACAAAUUAUACAACCCGAUUGGGACAUGUUCCAAUCCGACCACUUGUGUGCCAAGUUCCAUGCUGGAUCAAGGGCCAUUUGUGGUGGGCCUGUCUAUGUGAGCGACUCUGUGGGCUGCCAUGACUUUCAACUCCUGAAGAAACUUGUUUACCCAGAUGGGACCAUUCCCAAGUGCCAGCACUUUGCCCUGCCCACCAGAGACUGUCUCUUCAAGAACCCUCUAUUUGACAAUAAGACGAUUCUCAAGAUUUGGAACCUCAACAAGUAUGGAGGUGUAAUUGGAGCUUUCAACUGCCAAGGAGCUGGAUGGGACCCAAAGGAGCAAAGGAUCAAAGGUCAUUCUGAGUGCUACAAGCCAAUCUCUGGUUCUGUUCAUGUCACAGAGAUUGAAUGGGACCAGAAGCCAGAGGCUGCCCAAAUGGGAAAGGCAGAGGACUACAUAGUUUAUCUUAACCAGGCAGCGGAACUAAUAUUGAAGACACCAACAUCUGAUGCAAUAGAAUUGACCAUCCAGCCAUCUUCAUUUGAGCUCUUCAGCUUUGUACCCAUUACAAAGCUUGGAUCUGAAUUCAAAUUUGCUCCCAUUGGCCUGACCAACAUGUUUAACAGUGGCGGCACAAUACAAGAAUAUGGACAUGUUGUGUCAGCAGCUGAGACAAGUGUGAAUGUUAAAGUUAAAGGUGGUGGAAAUUUCUUAGCAUUCUCGAACGUUUCCCCAAAGAAAUGUUUCUUGAAUGGUGCCGAAGUUGCCUGUGAGUGGAUUUCUGAUGGCAAGCUGACCUUGGCUCUGCCUUGGAACGAAGAGGCAGGUGGCGUGUCUGACGUGGCUUUUAUGUUUUGAUCAAAGAAUCUCAUUGUCCUCAUGUAAGGGAAUAGUCACAGAUUAUCUGAAGUGAAGUGCUGUAGCAAAACUACUAUCCUAAGUAGACUUAAAUUUUACUUUUUAAGGAUUUCAGAAUUCAAAAUGCUUAAAGAUUUUAUUA